AUGAGGCUCCACAUCUUGGCACAUAGAGGCGUUGCCUCUACCCCCCAGUCAAGAACGAUCAAAGCGGGGCUAAUUUUGUCGAGAAUACCAAUUGUUACCCAGGAUCUAACGUCGCUAGAAAAACAAUAUUAUGACUACCAGAGUGAGCUGGAAAAAAGACUGAUGUGGACCUUCCCACAAUACUUCUACUACCGGAAAGGUACGCUGGCCGAAAAACGGUUUUUGGCCGCCCAAAAAGGUCCAGUUAGCAGACAGCCAGGUGUGUGGUUUCCCAAAGGUAUCCCAGACGUCAAGCAUAACAGAGAAAGGCGCACAAAACAAGUGGUGAAUUUGCCUCAUAGCCUAAGCAAUGGCGGCAGCAGUGAAGAGGGGAGUGAUGGUGACAGUAUAUCCAGACCAAUUGUUCCCAACUCUCGAAUUACCCAAGCCGAUAAGUCUAGCGACCUACAAAGCUUAGAGCGGGGGUUGAGUUCCACGCUUUACCUUUUGGUAAAAAACAACACCGGUCAGUGGAAAUUUCCCAGCUUUCCUGUCAAGUCUAGCUUAGACUCUAAAAAAAGACCAUUGCAUGCCACAGCGGAGGCUGGUUUAAGAGACUUGGGUGGCCCAAACAUAAACACAUGGUCCAUUUCUAACACACCGGCUGGUGUGUUGAACAGCCCCGAGGCUGCUGAGUUUUUGAUCAAGUCCCACAUUAUCUCCGGAAGAUUCGAACUUCAACCAAACUCUCAGUACAACGAGUUUGCAUGGUUGACUAAAAAAGAAAUUCAACAACGUGUAGACGAAGCAUAUUAUCAGACACUGGCCUGCUUAUUGGCUGGCAACUGA